AUGGCCAUGUCCGCAGCCUCCGCCACCGACCGCGCGCUGCGAGUGCGCGAAAACUCCGAAAAGGCCGUCCGCAAAGAGAUGACCGGCGUGCCCCCCGACGUGCCCUACACCGUGCUGGAGCUCGUCGGCAAGGGCAGCUUCGGGAGUGUCUACAAAGGCAUCCACAACGAAACCAAGCAAACCGUCGCCGUCAAGUCGCUCGACCUCGACCAGCACGACGACGAGAUCAAGGACAUCCAGAAGGAGAUCGCGCUGCUCUCGCAGCUCAAGGCCGGGGAUGCGCCCAACAUCACGGCCUUCCACGGGAGCUACCUGCUGGGGCAUCGGCUGUGGGUCAUUAUGGAUUUCUGCAGUGGGGGCAGUGUUCGCACUUUGAUGAAAGCGGGGCCCAUCGACGAAAAGUACAUCACAAUCAUAGUGCGCGAGACCCUGACGGCGCUGGGAUAUCUGCACAAGCAGGGGAUCAUACACCGCGACAUCAAAGCGGCGAAUAUACUUGUCGGACAAGACGGGCGAGUGCAGCUGUGUGAUUUCGGCGUCUCGGCGCAGCUCGCCGGCAAGAACGGGAAGCGCAACACCUUUGUCGGGACACCGCAAUGGAUGGCGCCCGAAGCGCUCACCGGCGGCUCCUACGAUUCACGGAUCGACAUCUGGUCAUUCGGCAUCACCAUCAUCGAAAUGGCCAAACAGAACCCGCCCCUCUUCAACAUCCCCCCCUCCCGCGUCGUCGACAUGAUCCCACGCCUUCCCCCCCCGCGCCUCGAAGGCGGCACCUGGUCCAACCCGCUACGCGAAUUCGUCGCACUGUGCCUCAACGAGGUCCCCGAAGAGCGCGCAACAGUCGACGAGCUGCUGCGCUCCAAAUUCGUCAAAGCCUCCAAGGGCCUCCCCUCAUCACUCAUGCGCGAGCUCAUCAUGCGCUACGAGGCAUGGGCCUCCCGCGGCGGCGUCCGCGACAGCAUGUGGCAGGCCGCCCUCCAGAGCGACAUGGACCAGCUCAACGCCACACUCGCAUCAGAGCCCGGGUGGGACUUUGACACCGUCAAGAGCCGCCUCAGCGGCGUGUCGGAGUACAUAAAGCAGGAGAUGAGCAACAGCGGCAGCACCAGCAACGUCAGCACGCUCAAAGCCGUCCCCGCCCCAGCGCCCACCCCAACCCCCUACCGCAGCGUCUCUGAAGCCGCGCGCCAGCGCGCCGCAGAGGGACUCGUCCGGCUGUUCCAGAGCCCUGAAGAGGAAGCUGCUGCGGCAGCAGCAGCAGCAGCAGCAGUAAAGAACCCGGGGGGCCUGGGCCCGUAUGAAUCGUCGUUCCGCAGCGAUGCGAGCAGCCGUAGUACGACGCCCGAGAACAAGGUAUCCAUGAUCUCGAUCCCCACAUUCGACGACAACGGUCUGCGCGUGCCCGAGAAGCGCGCCGCAAGCCCUAACACCGCUGCCGCCGCCGCCGCCGCCGUGAAGGUGCCCGUGGUGCCGUCAUCGACGCCAACGCCGCCGCAACCGCCGAUAGUGCGCAUCCGCCGCAACCGCGCCGACUCAGCCGGUGCGUCCGUGCACCGCGCAAACCUCUCCUCGUCGCCCACUCCGCCAACACCAAUCGACGACCGCGCCCACAGCAGCAUCAGCGCCCUCCUCGCCGCCCCGAAACCACUACACCCCCCGCAACUCGGCCUCAAAUCCCACCACCUCCCCUCCAAGUCCGCACCCAACAUCGCCGUAAUCCGCGACGGCCCGCCACCACUCCCCACCAUCGCGCCGACGCCGCCUAGCGGCGUCGGCGGUGGUGGUGGAGGGCUGCGGCUGGCGAGCACGGCGGUGCCGCAUGGCAAGUCGCGCAGCGCCGAUAUCACUAGGGGCCGGCCGGCGGGGGGAAGGCCCGGGAAUUUGAAUCUGGAUUUGCCGGCUGCGGCGGCGGCGGGGAUGUUACCGCCUAGUCCUGGGAGGCCGUGGGGUGGCGCUGGGGGGCAGGGGGUGGGAGGGGGUGGAGGGGGUCCGGGGGGCCCGGGGGGGUGGGGUUUCCGGUGA